UAUGGCUACCGUUUAAUAUUUUGUUUGGGAAAUGAAUACCCGUAGAUUUGUCAUUUGACACCAUACGCAACAGCAUAAACGGACAAUUAAUAGUUUUUAUAUAUUAAAUGUGAUGUUAUUUAAUGUUAAGUGAAAUUCACUCAUUUUUUUUAUUUUGACUCGUAAAUGCAGAAACCCUGCAAUAAUGCUAAUUUAACCCGUCGAAUCAGUGUUCAGGAGGAAUUAAUUAACAGCAAUUCAUCACCUUCUAUCAAAAACAUGAAGAAAUUCAUACAAUCCAAAAUAAACCAUACGGAAAACAUUCCGAAUCAGGUUGCUGAAACCACAGCACCAUCGCCUGCCGAGAAGAAACCCCACGUCUCUCCUGCAAAUGUACAGCCACCAUUACCAUUAGUGCCUCCACCGCCUGACAUACCGUGGACUCCAGUGAAAGUAAAAGAGGAAGUCGAAGAUGCCGAGUAUAAGCUGGAGUUUAAAUAUGAGGCAAAAGAAGAAAAAACUGAGCCAGAAGAUGUUAACCCUCGCGAAGUAUGUCGAGACUUUAUACGUGGCACAUGCAAGCGUAUUGGUCCGUGUAGGUACGCUCAUAAGUAUGAUCUAUCUCAGCUUGUUGGGGUUUUUACAUUCUGUCGAGAAUUUCAAACUAAACGCUGCACGUAUCCUAAUUGCAAAUAUGUGCAUGCUGAUGUUUUUGAGGAGCAAAACUUUUAUCGUACAGGAUACUUACCUCCUCGUGCCUUUGCCCAUCAAAAAAAAGCUCCCGAGGUUACAAAUACUACCACAUCUACCUCAGUCACCAUGACCCCAAUGAUCCAAACUCUCGCACCACCACCCCCACCACCAGAACCAGAAGAACAGCAGUCUCAUCUGCCACCCGAGUUUGGAUUUUCAAAACCUCCACCUACAUUGCCUGAUAAUUUAUUAAAGGAGUAUGCAACUUUGCAUUCUACUGACCCCAUCAUAGAUAUGGUUCAAUCCAACCCUCUGAAACGUUCGUGGAAUUCUUUGGACAGAUGUGGGUUAUUAGAUCCAGAACUAAGUCCAAGUAAUCCUAAGAAAUGUAAAAACUGUGACAUACUAGAGUUUUGUCUCCAACACAGCAGGAGCAAAUUACAGAAAAUCAUUGUUAGUUCUGAGGCUUUGAAGGUUAAGAGUGACAAAUUAGAUCGUAAGAUUGCCAAAUUAGAUGCUAUUCUUAUGAAAGUCUUACGACCAAAUCAGUCACCAUUUUUGUCAAGUGCUCGUGACUUGCAAUAUAGUAGAGAUAUACUGUCGUGGGAAAAAAUUUCUGCAUUGUGGAAUUUAUAGAUGAAAAAUCUUACAGCAACCCUGGUGGUUAUGGUUAAAGAUUUUAUGUGCAUCUUACUAAGAUUAGGAUUAAUUACUCAAUCUAAGGAUAGAGACAAGUAGCGAUACGGGAGUGCUAUUCAAAAUACUAAGCUUUUAGAUUAAUGACCAAAUCUCUGUAUGUGAACUAGGUAGGCAUAAUGUUAACAUAGGUAUAUUUAAUAUAGUAUAGUGUUUGGUAAAUCAAACACCUACGGUCUAUUCAUAAGAUAAAUAGUAGUAACAACAUACUACUAGUGUACUAUAUGUUUAUUAUAUUAACAACCAUAUAGCUACAGUAAACUAAGCAUACAUUAGCUUAUUUUUUAUGUGAUUUACCCUUAACUAAUAUCUAUAUGUUCAUUAGAUAAAUGUUCCUACAACAUAAAUUUAUAUUUAUUACUUAUUUGAAUGGACCAAAUUAUAAACUUACAUUUGCUUACUUCUAUUAAUUUUAGUGUGGUUUUUAAAUAUUUUAUUUGGGUAUUACAUAUCAUUAGCUUAUUACUAUGAAUUCUUAGAUAAAAACAUUUUAAUUCAUCUAAUUAUAAUUUUGUGGCAAGCGUUUUAUAUUGUUAUUUGACAUUUUCUUUGUUUACUAGGAGGCAUAGUUCUGCAUUUAUUCAUUAAUUAUGAAAUCACAUUAGUAACCACAGGUAGCCAAAUAGCAUGUUAUACAGAAUUCUCUUGAGCCUAUUCAUACUAAAUCAUGAGUAAAGUACUCAUAAAGUAAAAAAGUUAAUUAUGUAAAGUAAAGUAGGUGUAAGAAAAUUAAAACCCUGUUUUUUUUAAUAUAAUUAAUUAUCUUUUAUUUAAUUAAAAAAUAGUAAUACAUUGGUUCUAGUUUUUAAUCUUCUGGUAAUUUUUGUUUAAUAGCAAUUUUAUAAACACAUUACAUGCAUGUUACAACUAUGUUUAGCCAUAACAUUAUCUUUUUUUAUUAUUCUGGUGCUAUGUGUCCACAGUGGACAUCUUUAUAAUGCGAUCUAUAAAUGUAUACCCUCAACUUAAUGACCAAUUUUUUUUAGAUCACUCAAUAAUGUUAAAUAUUCAGUAUCAAUGUUUCCUUUCUUUAAUUUGUCCAUAAACAUACACACAAAAUCGUAAUGUUGCUUAUUUAAACGUGAAUACCUUUUUGACAAUGAGUUAAUUUUUUUUAAACGUCUGGAGGAAACUUUUUUUACUUUUUCUAUUUCUCUUUGUAAUUUUGAAAUAGUUGCUAGAUGUUGAUAGCAUAUAGGCUUCAAAGAUUGCUGUUUAUUUUUGCUAAUUUGGUAUGAAGAAUCCUAAAAACAACAAAAAUAGAUAAUGGUGAAACUGUACUAUUGUGUAGUAAUAGAAUUUUUGUAGAUGAGUCUGUAAAUUAUGUGUAAUAUCAUAAUUUUUGAAAUAAACUUCUAUUACUGUAAA